AUGGCUGCGCCACCAGUUCCACCUCAAAGCCAAGUUAUCCUAGAUCUGACUAAAAAACGGUUUCGCGACGACGAUGCUCUGAAAAUACGUUUACUCUCUACUGUUGACCAGAGUCAGCCAAUCAGCAAUCCGUGCGAUCCACGACCCGAGGAGCGUUAUUUGGAAUAUCCAUAUCUAUAUAAGCAGGAGAAGAUAAUUCUAAUGCCCGAUCUUGUUCGACAAGCUUUGUUUAGUAUCCUUUAUUAUCUGGCAAGCACGGUUAGGCACGCAUUGUGGGGCGUGUUCUCGUUACUGAAUUUUGUAUAUUUCGUCGUGGAUAACAAAGUAUUCCUUUGGGAAUACGAGAGAGCAAAUGACAACGAUGCCAUAGCUUAUAUAGAUGUACCGGAACGAUCUGUCACGAAUGUUCAGCUUGUCAAAGCGCGACCAAAUUACUGGAUUGAUGCUAUCCAGUAUAUUAUGACUGUUGUAACUGAAGAGAAGAUUCAUAUAUGUGGUAUCUCCCGUGAGAAUAAGAAGACUGCAAUAUACAACAGUCCCUCCGAAGUGUAUCACUCGCCAACUACUUUGGCUGUAAAUAUGAUAGUUGGUUCGGACAAUGGGCGUAUCUUUUUAAUAGCGCAGAGUGAUCUUUAUGAACUGAUAUACCAGGAGGAAGGCUGGUUUCGUCCAAGAAUUUCUUUAGUAAAUUUAAGGUCCAGCUCUAUACUUCCAAAUUGGUCAAUAUUUCGUAGUGGAGCUGCUGUAAAGUACCUGGCGAUCGAUAAUACGCGACGAACGUUAUUCGUGUUGUUGGAAGAUAAUACUGUCGAGAUGUAUUUCUUGGGACAAGAUGGAAACAGCUUCAUAAGCAAGGGCAGAUUUGACCAAAGUUCAAGGGAGAGAAUAAAAGUAAAAAGACGGAUCAGUGAUAAUAAUUUGAUGGUAACUGACCCAGGCAACUUUAUUUCUAUACACGCUGUCUCAAAGACAGAAUCUGCUCAAUAUUGUCUUGUUGCGGUAUCAGAAUCAGGCCAUCGAUGGUAUUUCUCAUGCACGAAUAACUCACCCUACGCCAGUUACUUAUAUCCUCAACCAGUUGAUUCAAGGAUACGAGAACCAGAUAGUAUCACCUUUGCUCAUAUUCUUUCUCCUCCGCCCACCGAUACACCUUCCACGACAACUGGUCGUUUGUCAACCAAAUUCCAAUUGGCUCGCUAUUAUCAUGGUCUAUUUUUCGCCAAACGGAUUGAUGGUGACCAGACUACGAUAAUUCAGACAGCCCCUAACUUUGGCGCUAUUUAUGAGCAGUUAGACAGAAAUCAAGUUGACCGAGGAUCUGUUAGACAUUAUGAGCUCUUUUGCAUUAGUACUCUUGGACCUGCUCGUAACCUGUAUGAAAUUACAGAGAAGUAUAGUCCAUUGUGCGAUCCCAAUAAGAAUGAUGCCUACUUUAACGAGUUGAUAAGCCAGUUUGCAAAUCCCAAAAGGAGCUUUGUUCUUUUGACAGAAAAAAGUGUUACAAUAUGGACAAAAAUGCGCCCAGUCGAUUUUUUGAGUAUUUUUCUGGAACGAUUUGAACAAGAUUCAAAUACAACUGAACUCGAUAAAUUCAGGCAGAACUAUGGCGACGUUGAGACAAGCGCAAUGUGCUUUUACAUAGCUUCUCCCGCGAGCAGAAAUCUAUUAAUGCAACUGCGUGUCAGCCCUGCUCGACCUCCAUUCACGCUGCCAGCAAAUCCCAAUUUCCCAACUGGACCAAGAGUGCUAUAUGAAGGCGUUUGUUUAUAUCUGGCGAGAACUUUGCGACCAGUCUGGAAAGAAAAAAUAGUCAAGCCAAGUCCCACAGAUACUAACCCCAACAGAAUGGACACAAACAUACCACGCGAAGUCCUUGACGAAAUCACUCCAAAAAUUUUGAAGACGAGAUUGUUCUUGGAGACCUAUCCAGACUUUGGUAUAUUCCCGCAGGGUGGUGAUAGAACACUUCAGCAAUCUCCCGAUUCCUUGAUUCCUCCCUAUGAAUUGCUAGUUAAAUGCGCAGAUACUAUACAGUUUGUUAGGUUAAUGAUAGAUUACAAUCUGCCCGAAAUUUUGGCGAGUUUAUCGGUGCGCAGUCGGAAGGCUAUAGCUGAAUCUACAUAUGAAGAAUUAGUUACCAAUAAUAUUGCCAGGAAGAACUGGCAAGAGCUAGUUUUGGCUAUUAUCAAACGGGAAAACGGUCCACAUGUCGACACGCUGAGUCGUGCCCUUGAGACUUACUGUAAAACUUUCUGCAAUGCAGCUGAUGUACAAAUAUUCAGGGCAUAUGAAGAGCUUCAGAAUGCUAAGGUUGUUGAUGGGUCAACCGCUCCCAAUAGUUUAUCCAAGGCUUUAGGUUUGUUUUGUGAAGGCAUUGAGAACAUGACGUUUGGAACAUUAGAAAGCAUUUGCACGGAAUUCCAGCAAUUAGGGUACCAUUCGGAGGCGAUUACACUUGCUCUCUCUGGUGCUAACAAAUUAGAUGUUAGCCACAGGCAACCAUAUUAUGACUUGGUGAUAAAUAUAAUGAGGGAUGCUGACGUAUUUAGCGAUAGACCAACCUAUUACGAUAAUCAACAAAGAGAUGUUGUGCUUGAUACUGCUCUUACUGAUGCAACUAAUUUAAACGAUAAGGGGUUCAUUUUUACAGUAUACGAUGAGUUUUUCCGUGCGGGAACCAUUCGUAGAUUAUUUGAGCUACCGUACCCGUAUCUUGAUGAGUAUUUCCAACAUAACAUAACUCCGGAUGAAGUGGGACUAAUAAAACAAGAGCUCUAUUGCGAUUAUUGUACUAUACGAAAUAAUCCUGCAAAGGCAGCCGAGAUCAGAUAUAAUCUGGCGCAUUCGAUGGACUUCAACAUAAACUUGGAUAAACGGCUUGAAUAUCUCAGUCGCUGUGUAGCGGAUGCUCGAAGUGCGCAAAUAACUACAGAUACGCGCGAAAUGGUAGAACGCUUACGGAUGUAUGAAGAUGCACUGAGAGUGGCACAUGUCCAGCAUGAGAUUAAACUUGAACUAGAAGCACGAGGAAUACGUGCAGACGAGCUUGAUCAAAAUUUGAUCGACAGGCAGCAGCUUUUUGAAGAUUAUGCAGAGAAAUACAAUCUGCAUGAAAUUAAAUUAUCGCUUUUUAGUGCAAGUGCUCGGCCUCAUAUGCUUGACGUGGCGAAUGUAUGGAGAGAAAUCAUUGAUAAUUGUCCAUCAUUUGAUGCUGCGGCCGAAGUAGUCAUCAGGUUAGGACGUAAAUUUGCUCCAAGAGACUUGUAUGUCUUUCCUAUUGUGAGUAUUGCGUAUUAUUUGAUAUCGUACUGCAAUUUUCAAGGAUACCCGCCACGUGGGUCCUUAGUUCGAGUCUUGUUGAUGGCCAAUGCAACUUUUCACGAUAUUUAUGACGCAUUGGAUCAUUUAAUUAAUGAGAAGCCUCUACCUCUUCAUGAGCGAGACGCUACCAUAUUUAUGCUUGGUGAAUUGGCAGAAUUACUUACUCAAUGGAUUCAAUCUGGCCAGUUGAUGUAUCACGACGUAAACAGAAUCUUAAACAGUUACUCACGGUAUUUACUAGCAGCGCAGAGCCUAUCGAAUGGUCCGGCAACUGGUCCUCUCGCUAAUGAGUUUGCUGAUAUAGAAAUUAAACUUAGAUCAUUAUCAUAA